GCUCUUUUGUAAACAGUUUUUCCGGAAGUGCAGUGCACUAUAGCUGUUGUUGAUAGAUAUAUAGUAUUUUUUGCAGAAUUUGUUUGUCAACAUGCCUAGUAAAAAGAAAAAAUAUAACUCAAGAUUUCCACCGGCACGAAUUAAGAAAAUAAUGCAGACGGACGAAGACGUUGGCAAAGUAGCAGCUCCAGUACCAGUACUGAUAUCCAAGGCCUUGGAAAUCUUUGUGAAGUCACUCAUCACAAAAGCAAAUGAGCAGACACAGAGCCGGAAUGCUAAAACCAUGACAACUGCUCACAUAAAACUAGGAAUAUUGAAUGAGAGUAAGUUUGAUUUUCUGAAAGACUUGGUACAAAAUAUUCCGGAUAUUGCCGCCGAGGAGGACGAAGCAGCUGAACAGAAAACAAAACACAGUGUGAAAAACAGGAAAGUGCGUAAUAACAAAACGACAAGAUCAUCAACAACUUCUGAGGAAUCCACGGCAGAGGCUGAUUCAGACGUCUCUGACGAUGAAGAAACGAUUGAGAAGCCUGUCAUGAAAGUACCGCCGCAACAACCAUUGGCAAGAACCCCUGCGUUUGAACAUCAUGCAGCUGGGACAAAUACAGGUAUCCCGCCUCAUCCAAGUUCUAGUACCAGUACUUCUUAUUCUACACCUCAUUCUAUGCAGACAUCAACUUUACCCACAAUGCCACAGAUGCCUCAUUUACCCUUGAUACCGCAGCAGUCUUCGUAUAUUCCACAAAUGUAUCUGCCAUCUGCGUCAUGUAGUGCAAUGGGUGUUUUACCAACAUCAACAACAAAUAAUCAAGAAGAUGAUGAUGAUGACUAUGAUUCAUAACACUUUUAAAAAACUAUUACAAGAUUUAUAAACCUUUUUUUAUAUACAUAUAUCGUUCCCGAGUUACUUGUUUGUGUUGAAGAG